AUGAGUGUUUCUUUAACAUUAGAUUCUCUCCCAAAUGCUGUUAACAUUGUUAAACCGGACUUUACAAUAGUAACUGAUACAGGAAGCUAUCCGGUUCACUUACUUCUUGCUGUAGCUCAGUCGCCAAAAAUCGCUUCUGCAUACAUGGAAAACAAUGAAAUAAAAGAGUAUAAACUCGAAACUCCGGAUCCAAAUAUGCUAUUUAAACAUAUUGCAGAUUUAAUUCAUGGAAGUACAAUCGAAAUUGACUCUGUUAACGCAUUCUUCUACAAUGUUGUUGCAAUUGAACUUCAAAUUCCACAAUUGCUUCAUGCCUGCAGAAAGUUUUUACCAGAUUUAGGUCAUAAUACAGUUAUUGAAUUUAAUCCACUUCAUCCAUGGAAAGGAAUCAUUUCAUACUUCCACCCAUAUGAAGAUGAAUCAGAACUCCAAAUCGAAGUCUCAUCGAGUUCUGUUUACGGAGAACCAGAAAAUCUUAUUCUUCAAGACAACACUCCUACAUAUUGGGAAAGCGAAAAUCUUCGUGAUUCUUACUGCCUUUUCGAUUUUGUUAACAAAGGAGUUAAACUCAGUGCUUAUGCCCUUAGAUCUUCAAAUAAUAUGACAGAUGAACUUGAUCCAAAGACAUGGCGCGUCGAAGGCUCUCAUAACAAAGAUGAGUGGUUUGUUUUAGACGAGAAAUACGAAGUUAAUGACUUAGUUGGUGCUUCUCUUGAAGGUUUUUACGAAUGUCAAGAAAAAGCCAGUGAUGAUGCUUUCAGAUAUAUCAGAAUCACUCAAACUAGUUGCAACGAGAAAGGAACGUUUGUUUUCAGACUUGCACGCGUCGAAUUCUUCGGAGAAGUUGUUUCUCUCGAAUAA